CACACUAACGCCACCAUUUUUAACCCAUCAAAUCUCUUCUAUUUAACCCUCCUCCUUUGCUCUCUUCCUUCAUCAACAUCCACUACCCCCUAUCUUCUCUUUCAUCCAUCCUAAUCAUGACCUUCUCUAACCUUCUCUUUCUUCUGUUCACACUCCAAUCUCUCCUGGUGGCUAUGGCGUCAACACAACCAAAAUCAGACUUAUUUCGCGAAUAUAUCGGUGCAGAGUUCAAUAAUGUCAAAUUUUCAGACGUACCCAUCAACCCUAAUGUCGAAUUCCACUACAUACUUGCUUUUGCAAUCGAUUACACCACUUCAUCUUCUGCAUCCCCAACUGAUGGUCAGUUCAAUGUCUUCUGGGAUACUGAUAAUCUCACCCCAUCUCAAGUCUCUUCCAUCAAGAAUCAGCAUUCUAAUGUCAAAGUAGCUUUGAGUUUAGGAGGAGACAGUGUGGGAGAUGGAAGUUGCUACUUUACCCCUUCUUCUGUCGAUUCGUGGGUGUCUAACGCUGUCUCUUCGCUCACUAAGAUCAUCCAACAGUAUAACUUGGAUGGGAUCGAUAUCGAUUACGAGCAUUUUCAUGCAGAUCCUGAUACUUUUGCUGAAUGCAUCGGGAAGCUUAUUACAACCCUCAAGAACAAUGGAGUCAUUUCUUUUGCAUCUAUAGCUCCAUUUGAUGAUGAUGAAGUUCAAAGCCAUUACAUGGCUCUUUGGAAGAGUUAUGGUCACAUCAUAGACUACGUCAAUUUCCAGUUUUAUGCGUAUGAUAAGGGGACCACUGUUUCGCAGUUUAUGAACUACUUUCAGACACAAAGAUCCAACUAUGGAGGUGGUGAUAUGUUGGCUAGUUUUAUAAGUGAUGGAAGUGGUGGAUUGUCUCCUGAAAAUGGGUUCUUUACGGCCUGUAAUAGGCUGAAAAGUGAAGGGAAGCUUGGUGGGAUCUUUGUAUGGUCUGCAGAUGAUUCCAAGGCCUUAGGUUUUCGCUACGAGAAGCAAUCACAAGCUCUGUUGGCAGUUUAGCAUCCUCCUAUGUUAUAUGUACACACAUAUAUCGUUCGGUUUUCAUAUAUGUAAUUAUUAUGCAAGUGUAUCUUGUGGCUAUACUGUAAUUAAAAGUACUUUUUGAAUGAAAUAUUUUCAUCUGUUCAUG